CCUCCUGCCUGUUACUGCUCAUGCCUCGCUUUGGAAAGGACUUCAAAAUGUUUGACGCCAUCCUCCCCACCCUCAGCCUGGACAUCACAGACCUGCUGGACGACACUCUGAGGCAGUGCAGUAUCUGUCAGGCUGUGGCUGAGUGGGAGUGUCUGCAGUGUUACGAAGACCCCGACAUCACCCCCGGGCGUCUCAAACAGUACUGCAGCACCUGCAACACACAGGUCCACAGUCACAGGAAGCGUGCGUCCCACCACCCUGUAGAUGUUGCUGUCCCCGGGGGUCCGUGGACCGGCCCCCUGCUGAGCGCCCGGCAGCGGAUGUCUCUCUUUGCGGUGACGUGCAUCGAGACCAGCCAUUACGUAAGCUUCGUCAAACACGGACCCCUCCCCACCGACUGGAUGUUUUUUGACAGUAUGGCAGACCGGGAAGGUAAGAGACCCUCACUGAAGGUGGAGGAAGCACGCCUCAACUUUGAGCGUGAACCAACCUUGGAGAGACGUGGGGUACUGAACGAAGCCAAACAGUUUAUCUUCAGUACCUACGACACCAUCAAAGGGGAGGAACUGAUGGAGAGUGUGCGAAGAGUGCAGGCAGCGCAAGGUGAAAGGCAAUAUGGGGAGGCCUGGAGGGUCAUCAAUGAGAUGACUGGGCGGAAGAGGACUAAGGAGGGACGGGUUGAGGGACACAGCCCCGAGGAGAGGGUGACGACCUGGUUCAACCACUUCCAAAGCCUGCUGGGCACAAUAGCGGAUGGAGCUGAGGAAAGUAUACCAGCAUUCCUCCAGAACCUGCCCAUCAACGAUGGUCCCUUCACAGCCAGUGAGCUUGCCAGGGCGAAGUCCACACCUGAUAUAUGGUCUCUCUCCAACAUCACCCUGGUGCCUAAAGCUGGAGACCUCUCAAAGCCAGACAACUACCGAGGCAUCAGCCUGACAUGUAUCACCGCAAAGGUUUACAACCGGAUGAUACUGAAAAGGAUACGGCACGCCAUCGACUCUCACCUGAGGGAGAACUAG